CUCAUACACCGGCCCGACCCAUCACAGCCAUGCUAGGGCUUGUUGAGUGUGUCAGUGUCGUACAGAUGACACGCUAACUGAAUGAUGGACUAAUCACCGGCAUUUUGUUUUUCCCGAACACGAUUUAAACCAUCCCGAAGAAAUCCUGAUCUGGAAUUCUUAGAUUAUUACGGAUAUUUUGGGGAUAUUACAGAAGUGGCUAGCCGAGAGCUAUUUUGGCUUUGACCACUGCGGGCAGGUGGACUUUCAGGAUGCAGCAGCUUGUCUAAGCUUUGCUCACGAUGAUUGCAACCGGUUCCCCCAACAACACCAAUGGCACCCAGGACUUCUGCUAUUCGGGCCGGAUCCGCAGUACUGUGCUCCAGGGCCUGCCCUUUGGAGGAGUGCCCACUGUACUGGCCCUGGACUUCAUGUGCUUUUUGGUGCUGCUAUGUGUAUUUUCUUUCUUGAGGAAGGUGGCGUGGGAUUAUGGCCGUCUCGCUUUGGUCUCUGAUGCUGACAGUAGGCGGAAUAAACACUAUCAGCGUCUGGACGAGCAGGAAUAUGUUGCCUCCGCCAUGCAGACGCCUGCUGACUCCCGAUAUGAGCGUCUCACCUCUGUGUCCAGCUCGGUCGACUUUGACCAAAGGGACAAUGGUUUAUGUUCCUGGCUAACUGCCAUCUUCAGGAUAAAAGAUGACGAGAUCAGGGAUAAGUGUGGUGAAGACGCGGUGCACUACCUCUCGUUCCAGCGGCACAUCAUUGGUCUGCUGGUGGUGGUGGGCGUGCUCUCUGUGGGCAUCGUCCUGCCUGUCAACUUCUCAGGAGACCAAUUAGUGGAGACAGGAAACUUUGAGAAUAAUAAUGCCUACAGUUUUGGGCGAACUACAGUAGUCAACUUAAAAUCUGGUAACCACCUGCUAUGGCUGCACACUAUAUUUGCCUUCUUUUAUCUGUUACUGACUGUGUACAGCAUGAGGAGACACACAUCAAAGAUGCACUACAAAGAGGACGACUUGGUGAAACGCACUUUAUUCAUUAACGGGAUUGCAAAAUACGCAGAAGAAAGUGAAAUAAAGCAGCAUUUCGAGAAAGCAUAUGAAAAUUGUGUGGUUCUGGAUGCUCGCAUUUGUUACAACGUCGCCAAACUUAUGUCUUUGGAGUCUGAAAGGAAAAAAGCCGAACGCAGCAAGAAGUUUUACACAGAUCUGAUGUCCAAGGAGCACAUCCCGACUAUGAUUAACCCCAAACCCUGCGGCCACCUCUGCUGCUGCAUCAUCAAGGGCUGCGAGCAGGAAGAGGCUGUGAACUACUACACUAAGCUUGAGGCCAAACUGAAGGAAGAAUACAGAAAAGAACGAGAAAAAGUCAACACUAAACCUCUGGGAAUGGCCUUCGUUACCUUCCAGAAUGAAGCCAUGACAGCCCUCAUCCUGAAAGAUUUUAACGCAUGUCAAUGUCACGGUUGUCACUGUCGACGACAGCCAAAGUCCUCCCCGUUCAGCAGCCAACUUCACACAUACAACUGGACGGUGACAUAUGCUCCAGAUCCACAGAAUGUUUACUGGGAGCAUUUGUCCAUUAGUGGCUUGAACUGGUGGGUCCGCUGCUUUGUCAUCAACUGCUUUCUCUUCCUCCUCCUCUUCUUCCUUACCACCCCUGCCAUCAUCAUCUCCACGAUGGACAAGUUCAACGUCACUAAACCUGUGGAAUACCUGAAUAACCCUAUCGUCACUCAGUUCUUCCCCACCCUGCUGUUGUGGUGCUUUUCGGCCCUCCUUCCCACCAUCGUCUACUACUCCGCCUUCUUUGAGGCCCACUGGACACGAUCUGGAGAGAACAGAACAACCAUGCACAAAUGCUACACCUUCCUCAUCUUCAUGGUUCUGCUAUUGCCAUCUCUUGGAUUGAGCAGUUUGGAUCUUUUCUUCCGCUGGCUUUUUGAUAAGAAAUUCCUUGAUGAGGCUACAAUCCGAUUCAGGUGUGUCUUCCUGCCAGAUAAUGGAGCUUUCUUUGUGAACUAUGUUAUUGCGUCUGCCUUCAUUGGUAAUGCCAUGGACCUGUUACGCAUUCCUUAUUUCCUCAUGUACAUGAUCCGGCUGUGUCUGGCACGCUCAGCUGCAGAAAGGCGCAAUGUAAAGAAGCAUCAAGCUUAUGAAUUCCAGUUUGGUGCUGCUUAUGCCUGGAUGAUGAAUGUCUUCACUGUGGUCAUGACCUACAGCAUCACCUGUCCAAUUAUUGUACCAUUUGGAUUGAUGUACAUGCUUCUGAAGCAUCUGGUAGACCGGUAUAAUAUGUAUUACGCCUACUUGCCCUCUAAACUGGAUAAGAAAAUCCACUCUGGAGCUGUCAACCAGGUGGUGGCAGCACCUAUUCUCUGCAUCUUCUGGUUGCUUUUCUUCUCUACUGUCCGUCAAGGAUUUGGUGCUCCAACAUCCAUGUUUACCUUUGUGGUUCUGAUCAUCACCAUCAUUAUUUGCCUCUCACAUAUAGUCUUCGGUCAUUUCAAAUACCUCAGCGCGCACAAUUACAAGAUUGACAUGGAAGGUGUGGACAAUGGACGACUGCGAGGUUCAUCCCCACCUGUCAAGUCUAUGCAGACGUACAUUGCCCAAGUGCUACAGGACCCAAACUCAGACGAGACCGGAAGUGACCAGGGUCAAGGGUCAUCGCAGGACGAGGAAGGAGUGACCGAGGGUGAUUUCCAGUCAGGAGAGGACAGUCUAAUUGAAAACGAAGUGCACCAGUGACCCAGGCAGGGCCACAGCAUGUGCUGAACUGAGAGAAACUAGCAGGACUCCCAACAUAACCAAACGGAGAAACACUACACUUACUGUGUGUGAGUCCAUCCCAGCUGACAGCUCAAACACUCCUUUAUCUUUAAUGUUUGGAGACAGGAUGGCCAAUUGUCAAGAACCUGGAGAGUGGCUUGUGAUUGUACUCCAAUAAUGUUCAUCAUAGUUUCAUUAUUCAUCCUCACAUUGUUUGAACUGGAUUUGGUAGGUGCAGAGUUUCCUGCCGUUACAAUGCAUGUUUAGUCGAUUAGCAAAAAAUUAAUUAUGAGAGCUGUAGUGCUCUAUCAGUUGGCCAGUACGGUUUUAUAUUCUUAUAUAUGCAUACAGAUUUCACCCUUAAAUCUUUUGCAUUAAAAGAUUAUAUAUUAGAUUGACAGUUUGGCGACAGUUAAAGUAAAAAUUGAUAGGUUGCAACAGAUUUAACCAAUGACAGUUAAAGGGACAGUUCUAUGGUGACUGAGAGAGCUUAACAUGCUGCAAUUUAAGAAAACACACGUGCUGCAAAUCCUCACAACGCAAACAGAUUAAUAAA